AUGGCAGACGGAAAUGCCUACAUCCCUCCGGGACAGAUGCGAUACGCGCGUGCGUGCAUGGUGUGCUCCAUCAUCCUGACACAAGCCCGCUUCCGCUCCGAGGGCUGUCCCAACUGCCCGUUCCUCGACCUCAAGGGCUCGCCCGAGGCCAUCGAGUCGUGCACGUCGGGCGUGUACGAGGGCAUGAUGACCAUCGCCGACCCGAAGCGCUCCUGGAUCGCGCGCUGGCAGCGCAUCGACAACUUCGUCGCCGGCGUCUACGCCAUCAAGGUCUCCGGCUCCCUCCCCGAGGACGUGAAGCAGGCCAUGGAGGACGACGGGCACGUGUACAUCCCGUAA